AUGACUGAAAAAACAGGAUUUUUUGGCAGUGGGUUCUUUAGUAAUGUUACUUCAAGUGUGAAUGCACUUUCACAGACUAUUCAAACCAAAGGUAUUCCCGAGAUGAACAAACGGUUUACUGAAUUACAGCAAAAGGCUCGAGAAUUACCUGGUCAAAUUGCUCUUUUACAAGGCGAUUUAGAAUCCGAGCAUCAAUUGUUCCUCCAAAAGAACAAGAAUGUUGAAAUGGGUGCUCAUCGUCCUUCAGCCAAAGGCGCAGAGCCCGUUGCUCCCUGGGUUGGAUACAAUGAAUACGAAAAGGAAAUGAAGCAGGCAAUUAUGGAUAUCUCCAAGGAUGAGCGUAAUUUCUUACUUUCCCCGCCAGAAGAUACCAGCUUUCAAUUUGAUUUAAACGCUUAUAGUCAAAGUGCUCAAGCUGCUUUAAAAGAAGAUACCAAAUUAUCUCACAUGCGAUUUUUACUUGUGCCACAACAAGUUCAGGAGCCUACAUUUUGGAGAAACUACUUUUACAGAGUCACGAUUGUCAAGCAAACAGUGCUGAGCAAUCCUCCUCCUGCUGUUGUCGAUAUGGAUGAUGAGGUAUCCAAAAAGACCGAGACUGUUUUGUUUGAUUUCAAGGAUGAUGAUCAAAGUGAAGAGGAGGAUGUUCCAGGCACAUUUGAUUAUACGAGCGAAGAAGAAGACGAGGACGAAAAAUUAAAGAAACCUGCGGUCGUGGUAGAAAAGAAGGCUCCCUCUGUGGUAGCUAUGGCAACCGAAAAGGAAGAAAAUUACGAAGGCAUGGAGGACUGGGAAAUUGAAUUGAGAAGAGCAGCAAUUUAA